UGAUAUAUGUGCCUAUAUGUAUAUGGCAUCAAAAUAAUACCUUAUGUUAAAGUUGAUAAAAAAUAACUUUCUUUCAGGUUGCGUAUAUGUAUGUGCCUACUAUUUAUAUUCUUUUAAGAAAUAUCCAUGAUAUAUGGAAUGGAAACGGAAACAGUUAUGAAGAAUUAUCAUAAAAUUUCAUUAACGUUUUUUUAAUAUGACGUUCUGCUAUCGCUGACAUCGAAUGUGUUUUUCUGCCCGGUUAAUUUCAUGUCCAUUUAACAACAAAGCAAAUUAUUUCAAAGUGGUGAUGGCUAAUCAUUACGAAGUACCCAAUUGGGCUGGGAAGCCACCAGUGGGAUUACAUUUAGAUGUACUGAAGAAUGACAAAUUAAUUCAAAAAUUAAUGGUUGAUGAGAAAAAAUGUUACUUAUUUGGCCGUAAUCAACAAUUAAAUGACUUUUGUAUAGAUCAUGCUUCUUGUUCUCGUGUUCAUGCUGCUCUUGUUUAUCAUAAACAUUUAAAUCGUGCAUUUCUUGUUGACUUGGGUAGCACACAUGGAACUUUUAUUGGUAAUCUUCGUUUGGAGCAACAUAAACCCACACAAUUACCAAUUGAUAGUACAUUUCAUUUUGGAGCUUCUACACGGUAUUAUAUUAUUAGAGAAAGACCUCAAACUGGCACAAGACCAAUUAUAGAGGAAUUAGAGAAACUAUCAGAAGAUACAGAUGCUGGUGGUUUAUUAGGUUUACCUGAAACAGAAACAGAACUUGAUAAUUUAACGGAAUUUAACACUGCACAUAAUAGACGUAUAUCUAUGCUAGGAAUAACAGACGAUGAAAUUCAUAAACCAACUAGAAAACGAAAGAAAAAAGGAAUUACGUUCAAUGAUGAUGAAGAAGUAAUAAAUCCAGAAGAUGUUGAUCCGUCAGUCGGAAGAUUUCGUAAUCUUGUACAAACGACAGUUGUUCCCAGUAAAAGAAUGCGUAUGGAAGGAGGUUUAAUAUCCUUAUCAGAGGAUCACAAUCCUUUAAAGCAUCUUCAACCUACAACAACUACACCUCAACUCUAUCAAGAUUUACCACCAGAACAGUUUACUCCAUCGUCGUUGUCUCUUAAUCCAUUUUCUAGUGCUCUAUCUUCAUUAUCAUCACGACUUGGUAUUGCAUUACCAAAUCCAGCUCCUGAGGUAGAGAUGACACCCAAUCAAAUACAAACAGAAACACCACAUGUACCAGAAAUACCAGGACCUACUGAUACACGAACGAUGGAACCAAAAAAGAAAAAAUAUGCCAAAGAAGCUUGGCCUGGGAAAAAACCUAUUCCAACACUUUUGGUGUAAUAAUUAAGCUAAGGAAUCUAUUUUUAUCAGAUAGUUUUAUUAUUUGAGAUUUAGGUAUUAAGUUAUAUAAGAAUCUAUGCAUAAAUUACUCGUAUAAAGGUUCAGGAAGAUAUUUGGUUAAUAGUCAAUAUCAUUAUUAAAUUCAUUUUAAUCGUAACUAUAAAACUGUAUUUUAUAUAGCAAUUUAUUCUAAUAUAUACCUUUUUCAUCCUUCAUUAAUCAAUUACAAUUUUUUAUCUUCUUUGUAAAAAUCAAAAUUGUAAUUAAAAUUCCCUGUAAGAUAAACAAACAUAAAUAAAUAGAGAUUACUUUAGCAUUAAGAGAAAUAUAAAUAUAAUAAUAAGAUGUCACGAAAGUUUUUUUUGUGAUACAGUACAUUAUCAUUAAAAAAAGUUAUUUUCGUUAAGUAUAUCCAGUAAAGUUACUACAUUUACUUAUGAAUGUUGUGUAUAUAAGAUAUAUUCUUUACAAGUAAUAACACGAUAAUAUUGUCUUCAGAUAAUUUAAAUAUUUUGUUUUGCGAAAGUGACAAAUCACGCGUACUUAUUGUUAAUGCAAUAAUUAUACUGACUUGGAAUUUUGAAUAAAUUCCACUUCUAUUAUUUAUGAAAACAGAAAGUACGUUAUAA